AUGCACGGUGCUACACUCCUCUUCUGUUUCGCCAUCAUAACCAUCACGGCAGUCUCCGCAAGGAACGACGAUCCACGCACUACGAUGCUGACGAAACUCGCAGAAAUGAAGAAAUUCUUCAAUGAGGAUGAACUUGGCAUGCAGAUGAAGGAGCUCGGUGAUACAUUCUGCGAAGUCAUGGCAAAAGACGGAAAAGAGAGCCUCCUGAAGACUAUGAAGAAAAACACAUACAAACGUAUGGAUGAUGAACUCGGCGCCAAUGAGGAAAAAACUCCACCCUUUGCAAUGCUCAUGAAACCCUGGAAGAAACUGCAGACAUUCUUCCAGGAGGACAAACUCGGCAUGAAGAUGGUGGAAACGAGGCAAAAAAUGUGGGAACUCAUGUGUAGCAUUCAACAGCGUAUGCGUGAGCAGUUGAAGUUGAAGCUGAAGGAACUUCUGAAGGAGGAAUAA